AUGUCGCUGGCUUUAUCAGUGUGCGAUGACACAUCUUCUGAGCUGCAAAGAGUUAUUUCUCAAGACAACGGUGAUGUGGUAUCCCAGGCAUCUUUUAGAGGGAGAGGCGCUCUGUCCAGGAUAGUGCGUCUAGUAGUGGUCCUGCGGGAAUGGGCCCAUAGGAGCCUGCAUGACCAAGAUCAAAGGCCCGAUUCAUUUCUAGACCGAUUUCGUGGACCUGAAGAGCAAGCUACUGAAGGAAAUGCAGGAAAGGAGAAACAAACUCAAGAAACAAAAGUAGAAGCCAAGACAAAACAACGUUGGACGUUAUCUGAGCGAUUUGUGGUUGAUCCUUCAGGAAAAUGGUAUUAUCGGUGGCUUCUUGUCAUAGCUCUUUCUGUGCUGUAUAAUUGGUUCCUAUUAGUAGUGAGGGCCUGCUUUGAUGACCUUCAGAUCAGUUAUGUUAUAGCGUGGCUUACCCUGGACUACGUUUGUGACAUCAUAUACAUCAUUGACAUCAUAAUCCGAUUUCGCACAGGAUUUUUGGAACAGGGGUUGCUGGUCAGAGACACGAAGAUGCUGAGUGUCAACUACAUCCGUACCUUGCAGUUUAAACUAGAUGUUCUGUCCAUACUUCCAACUGAUCUUGUUUACUUGGCGGUUGGACUGCAUCGGGCAGAGCUGCGCUUCAACAGACUUCUGCACUUUCCACGCUUGUUUGAAUGUUUCGACCAGACGGAGACCCGGACAAGUUACCCCAAUAUCUUUAGAAUCUUUAACCUAGUUUUAUACAUCAUACUUAUUAUACAUUGGAACGGCUGCAUUUACUAUGCUAUAUCCAAGGCCAUUGGUUUUGGUACAGAUGAUUGGGUCUACCCAAAUGUGACCGAUCCUACCUAUGGUAACCUUCAUCGCAAAUAUGUCUAUUGUCUGUACUGGUCCACUUUGACUCUCACCACCAUCGGGGAUACCCCUAUGCCUAUUACAGAUAUAGAGUAUCUUUUUGUCAUUUUUGACUUUUUGAUUGGAGUUUUGAUCUUUGCCACCAUUGUUGGUAAUGUCGGCUCCAUGAUCUCAAACAUGAACGCAUCGAGGACUGAGUUCCAUGCUAAAAUAGACGCCAUUAAGCAUUACAUGCAGUUUAGAAAAGUAAGCAAAGAUUUGGAGGCCAAGGUCAUCCGAUGGUUUGACUAUCAAUGGACCAAUGAAAAGACGGUAGAUGAAAGGGAAGUGCUGAAAAAUCUCCCCGACAAACUGAGAGCCGAAAUUGCCAUUAAUGUUCACCUGGAGACUUUAAAAAAGGUGCGGAUCUUCCAGGACUGUGAAGCCGGUCUCUUGGUCGAGUUGGUCCUCAAGCUCCAUCCUCAGGUUUUCAGCCCCGGCGACUAUAUCUGCCGUAAAGGGGACAUUGGCAAAGAGAUGUACAUAAUCAAGGAGGGGAAGCUUGCCGUUGUCGCAGAGGAUGGAAUAACUCAGUACGCAGUUCUCACCCCUGGGAGUUGUUUUGGUGAGAUUAGCAUCCUCAACAUCGAAGGAAGUAAGAUGGGAAACCGAAGGACUGCCAGUAUUCGCAGCCUAGGAUACUCGGACCUUUUCUGCCUUUCGAAGGACAACCUGAUGGAAGCUUUGGUGGAGUAUCCAGAUGCCAAGAAGAUCUUGGAAGAGAGAGGAAGAGAGAUUCUAACCAAGGAAGGUCUGCUUGAUGAGACGAAGGAGAAAAACACUACGAAAGGUAAAUCUGCCGAAGAAAAACUGGAGCUUCUGGAAUCCAACCUGGACCUGUUACACACUCGAUUUGCCCGUCUGCUUCGGGAAUAUAGUUCUGACCAGCAAAGCCUCAAACAAAAGGUCACCCUCUUAGAGGGAAGAUGGAAGGACUUGCUAGAAGCCAGGUCCUUCUCCUCUUCCCCCUCUACUCCCCGCUGGGGUCCUUCAUCCAGGAGUCCACAUCACUGUCUGUAUGACAUGGACAACUCCUAUUGGCUUUCCUCCUGGAGGAGCCUGGGUCAGGACCCAGAAGACUACUACCGGGAGUGUGACUCUAACGCCUGGAAGGUCAUUAGUGGGGUUGGGAAAGAGCUAGAUGAUGCUUGGGCUCUUCCAGUCAGGGCUCUGCCUGACCUGCUGCUGAUUCUAAUGCACUUUGCUGCUUCCUGCCAGCAGGUUCCUCCACGCUACCGGCCCGCGUGUACGUCUGAUAGCGCCUGA